AUGGGCAUUGAUACUAUAACUGAAGAAUGUGUAGAAGUUUGGAAUGGGUUUUCUAAAUCUCAGUUAUUACGAAUUGUCAUGCAAUUGUUAUAUGAUCUAGGCUACAGAAAAACGUUGGAAAUAUUACAAGAAGAAUCUUUAUGUUUGUAUCAUAUUCCAGAAGUGCAACAACUCGAGAAACAAAUACUAUUUGGUGACAUAUUUGAAGCAAAAUUACUAUUAAAGAAGCUCAAUUUACAAGGCAACAUACUAGAGGCAUGCAAAUUUUUGUCCUCGCAGCAGCUAUUUCUUGAAUUUUUAUAUAAUGGUGAUGCAGAAAAUGCCCUUAAAAUAUUAAGAGAUCACCUUGCCCCGGAGGCCUUCGAUUCUGAUUCCAUUGAAAGAGUUCAUCAAUGCUCAACUUUGUUGGUUCUACCUUCAAGCUAUAUAGUAAGCGAAGGAUUGGACUUAAAGUUUGAGAGUUCUAGGGAAGCACUUUGGAAUCACAUUCAAUUUCUUAUUUCACCAGAACUUACAAUUCCACCAAACCGCCUUUUGACUUUGAUAAGACAAGCAUGUGAACUCCAAGAACUUCACUGUAAGAGUCACCUUGAAACAAUUUCUGGAGAGCAAACCGUACCUUCCUUGUUGGUAGAUCAUAGAUGUAAGGCAUGGAAUUUACCAUCAGAGUGUAUAUCUCGUUUGGAGAAGCAUACUGAUGAAAUUUGGGAUAUAUCUAUUUCACCAAAUGGUCUUUAUUUCGCUACAGCAAGUAAAGAUGAAAGCGUAAUAUUGUGGUCUGCAAAAUCCCCUUUCAACCUCAUUCACCAUUGGAAAGCUCAUCAAAGUAUAGUGAGUUGUUUGGCUUGGAGUAGCGAUGGUAAAUUUCUAGUAUCUUGUGGAAAUGAUGGCCUAAUUAUUCUUUGGUCCCCAGGCUCAGAUGAAUCGGUACUAAAAUUUGAGCCACAUUCUGCAGUUGCAACAUCUGUGGCAUGGGUUCCAAAUACUUGGAAGUUUUUGAGCUCUGGGAUGGAUAAAUAUUUAAUGCUACAUGAGAUUGAGCAAAUUACACGAGAAGAUUUAAAGGACUCGGAAAUAACCGAUUGUAUGAAUUUUGGUCUACACAAAGAUAAAGGUAUCUCGGAAGGAAAAUGUACAUACAAGGGGAAAACUCUUCAUAAGUGGUCAUUUGAGAGUAGGAUAAGAGCCUUGACCAUAAAUAAGGAUGGGACCUUGGCUAUUUUCGCUACAAUCGAUAGAGUUCUGAGGGUGUGGAACCUUAUAGAGAUGAAAGAAACAACAUCUAUACCUGAAAGUGCAGCUAUAACAACCCUAACAUGCAGUAAGUUGUUUAAUCAGGUAUUGGUCAGCGUAGCAGGAAACAGCCCAGUUAUGAGACUUUGGGACAUAGAUGAGAAGAGAAUAGUUCAAACGUAUCGGGGUCAUAGAGAGGAUAGAUAUGUACUUAGAUCUGCAUUUGGUGGUCCUUCGGAAUCAUUCAUCGUGAGUGGAAGUGAGGACGCCCAAAUUUAUAUCUGGAAUAAAAUCUUUGGUACACUCCUAUCGGUUAUCGCAGCACACUCAUCUACAGUCAAUGCGGUCGCCUGGUCUCCUGAGUACCUCUUUAGCGUAUCGGAUGACAAAACUAUAGCAGUAUGGGUACCGACGUACAAAAAUACCUAA